AUGCGCCUCUCCCUCGAGGUGCUGCCGACCAAGCUGCUGGGCAGCGGGACGAGCAGUCUGACGACGAGCCUGCUCGCGCUCGUGCCUCGAGGGACGCGCGUGUACCUACCUAGCCUCCCGGGCGAUGCACCAGCGGCGAUGGGCGCUGCUCUCGCUCACUUGCACGCCUCGGCGCCGCACGUCGAGCCUGUUCCACACAUCGCGGCGUCGCGCGUGCCAAGCGAGGCCGAGCUGCUCCGCAGGCUCGACUCGUGGCAGGAGGCCUGCUCCAACCAGCUCUCCGAGGCGCAUGGCAAGCGCUGCCCUCAGCCUGUCUGUGUGCUCGUGGUGCGAGGCGACGAAGGCGCGCACGACACCGCCGCGCAUGGGAAUCCGGCCUCGCCCCGCCCCUCGGGCGGCCCGUUCGCGACGACGCUCGACCUGCUCGAGAGCGGCGCGCUCGCCCGACGUGGCGUUGAGACGGUUGGGCUGUGCGGACAUCCAGAGGGGAUCGGUGCCACCGUGAGCACGGGCGAAGGGAUUGUGCACCUUAAAGGCAAGACGGCCGCCCUCCGCCGCGCCGGGCAGCAGCCCCGGAUCGUCACGCAGAUCUGCUUUGACGCCGAGCGUGCCACAGGCUUUGUGGACGCACUGCGGGCCGCCGAGGAGGAGGCGCCGGUCAGCCUCGGGCUGGUCGGGCCCGCCAAGGCGCAGCUGCUGCAGCGGAUGGCGUUGCAGUGCGGGGUCCGUCCUCCACCGCCGGCGACGGAGCCGUCGGAGCUCCUCGAGCGCGUGGCAGUGUGGCAGCGCUUGAGGGGGCAGCGGCACGGCGCAGAGGCAAUCCACAUCUACCCGUUUGGUGGCCUCCGCACGACGCUGCAGUGGCUCCUCAGGGUCGAAGGCGAGGGUGUCAUCGGCCUCGCACCGCCGCUCGAGGCGGGAGCCAAACUGUGGGCGGGUCACGAAUGA